GAAAAUUAUGAGGUCUGUAAAUAAUACAAUACGAGCAGCUAGUUAAAGGUAUUCUUAGUUUUACUAUUCAAUAAAGUAAUGGGAAGCAUAGAUUCCUAAAAGUUCCUGCAAAAAACAACCAUCACGUCACUCUUGCGCCAAUAAACAGAUUCAUUCAAAUUAAAGAUUGUGCCAAUAAGAAUUGCCAAUACAAACUAGGCAAAUUGAUUGGUUCUGGAUCAAAUGCUCAAGUAUAUCAAGCAAUGAACAUGGACACUGGCGAAGUUGUGGCUUGUAAAAAAGUACUGUUCAAAUUCAAGAAUCAGUAAAAAGUAGAUGUAAGAUGCACAAAUUUAAUUAGAUUGAACUGUCAUUUCUAUAAAUCCUAUAACACCGAAACAUAAUCAAAUAUAUAUCUCACGUGUCCACCAAGGAUAGUUUAUUAAUUUAUUAAGAAUAUAUGCCGAUGGGUAUAAUUCAUUUAUUUAUUAUAGGUUCAAUUUCUCAAUUAUUAAAUGAAUUUGGUCCAAUGAUAGAGUCAACUAUCAAAACCUAUACUCAUUAAAUCCUCAAUGGCUUAGAGUACUUACAUAACAAAGGGAUAUUGCAUUUAGAUUUAAAAUCGAGCAACAUCUUAUUAGACUCAAGUGGCGAUAUUAAAAUCUCAGACUUUGGUUGUAGCAGACACAUAAAACAAAAUUUAUGUUAGAGUAUACUGUAAGGGAGUGUUCCUUGGAUGGCUCCCGAGGUGGUUAGAUAAGAACAGAUCGACACUCCUGCUGAUAUUUGGGCGUUUGGCUGUUUGAUUUUGGAGAUGUUAACUGGGAAACAUCCAUGGUUUGAACAACUUGAUUUUGAUAAUGUUGCAUCAACACUUCUAGCAAUUGCAUUUAAUCAAGAAUCGCCUAGAAUCCCAGAGAGAGUUUCUGAAGAAUUGAAGAGCUUUCUUCAAAUGUGUUUCUCGUAAGAUCCAUUAUAAAGAGCAACCAUUCAAGAACUUAGAUCGAGUGCUUUUUUAUAAUGA